AUGCAAACUUCUAUGAACAAUACUGUUAAUACUCUAGGAACUAGAAAUACAAAAUCUACCUUCAAUGAAGCCCAUCGACCUUGUCCUUAUAAUCGUGCAAACCUUCAUCAAUGUACCAGCAGAAAAAUAUUCUACGAAGAAUACAUAAUCUCUUUGCCAUAUACCUUGAUAUUUGAAAUAACCCAAAGAGAUGGUGCUAAUUAUCACUCGUCAGAACAAUUGGAUUUCCCUUUUCAGCUUUGUUAUCAAGAAAAUGAGAUCACUAUAGAAUAUACAUUGACAGCAUGUGUAUACAGCACAUCAUCAAGUGGACAGCAUUUCUACAGUGAAGUAAUUCGAAGCUUUAACAAUCAAAGUGGUGUCUACAAGUAUGAUGACUUAAAUGAGGGGACGGCUGUAUUAAUAUCCAAUGAUCCAACCACUCUAUCAGGAUACAAGCCACAGACUGUAUUAGUUGCUUAUAAAUUAAAUGAUUUUAAUAGUCAUUCCAUCUAUUCUGAUAGCUGA